AUGUUUCUUAGCGCUGCUAAAACAGGACCAAUGAAAAUGUUCACCAGACUCCAAGUCCUUGCCCUAGCUUUAUUUUCCAAAGGAGUUUUCCUUUCCCUAAGUGACCACAGUUUUGUCAGAAAGGAAAUUAAGAUAGAAGGAGACCUGGUCUUAGGAGGCUUAUUCCCAAUCAAGGAAAAAGGCACUGGGAUAGAAGAAUGUGGAAGAAUCAAUGAAGACCGGGGCAUCCAGCGCUUGGAGGCCAUGCUGUUUGCUAUUGAUGAAAUCAACAAAGACAACUACUUGCUGCCGGGAAUUAAGCUUGGAGUUCAUAUCUUGGACACGUGUUCCAGGGAUACAUAUGCCUUAGAACAGUCUUUGGAGUUUGUCAGGGCAUCUUUGACUAAAGUGGAUGAAACAGAGUACAUGUGCCCUGACGGCUCGUAUGCCAUCCAAGAGAAUUUGCCACUGCUCAUUGCAGGAGUCAUAGGUGGUUCCUACAGCAGCGUCUCCAUACAGGUGGCAAAUUUGCUCAGACUCUUCCAGAUCCCCCAGAUAAGCUACGCCUCCACCAGUGCCAAGCUGAGCGACAAAUCCCGCUACGAUUAUUUCGCACGGACAGUGCCCCCAGACUUCUACCAAGCCAAAGCCAUGGCUGAAAUCCUGAGGUAUUUCAACUGGACCUACGUGUCAACAGUGGCUUCCGAAGGAGACUACGGGGAGACGGGGAUCGAGGCCUUUGAGCAGGAAGCUCGGCUGCGCAACAUCUGCAUCGCCACCUCCGAGAAAGUGGGGCGCUCCAACAUCAGGAAGUCGUACGACGGCGUGAUCAGGGAGCUGCUCCAGAAACCCAACGCCAGGGUGGUGGUGCUCUUCAUGAGAGGCGACGACUCCCGGGAGCUCAUUGCGGCCGCCAACCGCUUCAACGUGUCCUUCACCUGGAUUGCCAGCGACGGGUGGGGAGCUCAGGAGAGCAUCGUCAAGGGCAAUGAGCACAUAGCCUCCGGGGCCAUAACCUUGGAGCUCGCUUCCCAUCCGGUUAAAGAGUUUGACAAGUACUUCCAAAGUCUCAGCCCUUACAACAACAGGCGCAACCCCUGGUUCAAGGACUUCUGGGAGCAAAAAUUCCAGUGUAACCUGCAGAACCGGAAACCCCAUAGAAAGGCUUGUGAAAAGCACUUCACCAUCAACAGUUCCAACUACGAGCAAGAAUCCAAGAUCAUGUUUGUUGUGAAUGCUGUGUAUGCAAUGGCUCAUGCCUUGCAUAAAAUGCAGAGGACUCUCUGCCCAAACACCACCAAACUCUGUGAUGCCAUGAAGCAUCUGGAUGGCAGGAAGCUGUACAAAGAUUAUCUCCUGAAAGUAAACUUUACAGCUCCAUUCAACCCUCCCAAUGAUGCAGACAGUAUGGUCAAAUUUGAUGCCUAUGGAGACGGAAUAGGACGAUACAACGUGUUCAAUUUCCAGUUCACUGGGGACAGAUACUCCUAUGUGAAGGUUGGUCAGUGGGCAGAAACAUUGUCACUGGAGGUAGACUCUAUCCACUGGUCCAGGAGCUCUGUCCCUGUCUCCCAGUGCAGUGACCCCUGCGCUCCUAAUGAGAUGAAGAAUAUGCAACCAGGAGAUGUCUGCUGUUGGAUUUGUAUUCCCUGUGAAACCUAUGAGUACCUGGCUGAUGAAUUCACUUGUGCAGACUGCGGGCCUGGAAAGUGGCCCACAGCUGACCUGACUGGCUGCUAUGACCUCCCAGAAGACUACAUCAAGUGGGAAGAUGCUUGGGCAAUAGGUCCCGUUACCAUCGCAUGCCUGGGCUUUAUUUGUACUUUCAUGGUCAUUGGAGUGUUCAUCAAGCACAACAACACACCCCUGGUCAAAGCCUCUGGCCGUGAACUGUGCUACAUAUUGCUCUUCGGGGUCUUCCUGUCUUACAGCAUGACUUUCUUCUUCAUAGCCAAGCCUUCUCCAGCCAUCUGCACCCUGCGCCGUUUGGGGCUGGGAAGUUCCUUUGCCGUCUGCUACUCUGCCCUCCUGACGAAAACGAACUGCAUCGCCAGAAUAUUUGAUGGCGUAAAGAACGGUGCUCAGAGGCCCAAGUUCAUCAGCCCCAGCUCUCAGGUGUUCAUCUGCCUGAGUCUCAUUUUGGUGCAGGUGGUGGUGGUGUCCGUGUGGCUCAUCUUGGAGGCGCCAGGCACCAGGAGAUACACGCUUCCCGAGAAGAGAGAGACUGUCAUCCUGAAAUGCAAUGUCAAGGAUUCCAGUAUGUUAAUGUCCUUAACAUAUGAUGUCAUCCUCGUGGUUUUAUGCACUGUGUAUGCCUUCAAAACCAGGAAAUGUCCAGAGAACUUCAACGAAGCCAAGUUUAUCGGUUUCACAAUGUACACAACGUGCAUCAUUUGGCUGGCCUUUCUCCCUAUAUUUUAUGUGACAUCUAGUGACUACAGAGUGCAAACCACCACCAUGUGCAUCUCUGUGAGUCUCAGUGGCUUUGUUGUGCUGGGCUGCUUGUUUGCACCCAAGGUGCACAUCAUCCUUUUCCAGCCCCAGAAGAACGUGGUCACUCACAGGCUCCACCUCAACAGGUUCAGUGUCAGUGGGACCGGGACCACUUACUCACAGUCAUCUGCCAGUAUGUAUGUGCCAACCGUGUGCAACGGGAGGGAAGUUCUGGACUCCACCACUUCGUCUCUGUGA